AUGCCGCCCGCACCAGGGCAAAAAGGCACGGCGGCGGGGAAGAAGGGCAGCAGCGCAAUCAGCCGCCAGCGCAGCCGCAACACGACGCCGAUGGGCAGCGCGGCCCCGCCGCCGACGACGAGCACGAGCAGCACUUCUGGCGGCAGUAAUGGCGGCGGUAGUGGCACAGGCUCUGGGGGCGGUGCUGCCUCUUCGGCAACUGCGUCCUCGUCCUCGGCGGGGGGCUCAAUGCCUCCAGUGGAGAGCAUCGAGACUGAGUUCCUGGACCUCAAGUUCGAAUCGAUGCGCUCGCUGUCAUAUGAAGACUUGCUAGACGCCAUCGCCAAUAGCGCGGGCAUCCCAGACUCCAAGGCACUCGACGGCCUAAUCACGCGGCUCGGCAAGCUCAACGAGAUCAUUGAGCGGCGCGGACAGUGGUGCGACAAGGGGAUGCGCCUCGUCGCUGUCGAGCGCAAGAACCACUACAACGAGAUGGCUGCCGGGGGUAGCCGAAGGGAUGAUGCGCGAGACGAGGAUGCGAGCGAGAAGAAAUCAAAUAAGAAGAAGCGGAAAGCGAGCGACAACCUGGCCCCUCCAGAUUCGAGUGCGCCAGAACGUUCAUCACCUCUACGCGACCCUGGCAACAAGCGCAAACACUCGCGAGCCGGCUCGGCCAGUUCCUCUUUGUCGCCAGCGGCUGCCGCUUCGCCAAGCGCAAUGGACGUCGAUGAAAAACCGAAGAGUGAGAAGAAAGACGACGAAGAGGAAGAAGAGGAGAGCUCGGAAGACGAAGGCGCGCCACCUCGUCGGGAAGCGCCACAAUACCAGACCUUUGGCGAGGAUCCAUCAACAUUCCCCGAUCCCACAGUCUACGAGAUCCGGGAAACCAACUCCAGCAUGUCUGUUGACGAACUCAAGGAGAUCUACUCUGUUGCCGUGUUUCCAAAGACGAAUCUGGCCGAUCAGAUCGCAGGCGACCCGCCGGAUAAGGAUUUCACCAUCGCCAAGCCAACGAACCAGAUCAGCUUCUCGACAUUCUCGACUUAUAUAGAGCCAUAUUUCCGCCCAUUCUCAGAGGAAGAUCUGGCGUUCUUGAGAGAGCGAGGUGAUCGCGUCACGCCUUUCAAUAUGCCCAAGCGUGGCAAGAAGCACUACACAGAAAUCUGGGCUGAGGAGGAUGGCGCCAUGUCCGUUGACUCCAAGGGAGGCGACAAGCUCCAGCCAAAUCAGCCGAGAGGGUCUAUCGAUAAUAUGGAUGACGAUGUCGCCGAGACUGAUAAGCUGUCAGUCGGACCAAUUCUCGCUCGACUGCUUCAGGCGAUGCGGCCAGAAGGCAGGACAAGUGCAAGCGACGACAAGCCGGGUGUCAACGGGGUCAAUGGCGAUGCAGAUAAGGAUGACCAGCCGAAUGGGGAGGCUAACGGGGUCAAUGGAGAAGACGGCAAGACCUUGCCCCCUGCUUCAUACAUGCCCGAAUCAUCAAGCGAAGCAUGGAAGAAAGCGACACACCCCAAGUUAGACUAUUCGCAAGUCGACGAGCGCAUCAAGCAGGAGCUUCGCCAUAUCGGAUUCCUGCCACAAGAGGGCUUCGAUGGUGAUUACGACGGCCACUUUGAUGACGAGGUCGCAGGCCGCCUGCGCCUGCUCCAAGACCGGCUGAGGCAGCAGAUGCUCAUCAAUGGAGCGCGAAAGGCGCGCCUGACGGAUCUCGUCAAGGAGCGCAUGGCGUUCCAGGAGUACACAACGAUCCUUGAGGAUCUGGACAGUCAGGUACAGGGUGCGUACCUGAAGCGCACGCGGACAAUGGGCAAGAGCAAGAAGGCCAAGCGUCCUGGCGGUGCUGGCGGAGGUGCGGCCGCGGCGAACGCGGCGGCAGGCAUGGCGCGCCCGGGCAUUGGCGAUGUGACCAAGAUGCUUAUGGAGCGGCGGAAGCGGUGGAUCGACAAUAUUGGCACGGUAUUUGAUGAUGAGAACCUGGGUAAAGUGCCGAGGUCAGAGAACGAGGAUAGCUCGAUCUUCAAACCGGACAUGAUGGCGGACCUGAUCAAGAAGGAGAAGCAGGCGUGGGAUGAGGAGGUUGAGGAGGAGUAG